AUGACAUUGAACAAAGUACAUUAUUUACAUUUGGACGUGUUUUGUAAUUCAAGGGGAGGAGGUAAUCACCUUGGUGUCGUGACUGACGCUACGGGAUGGACUGAUGAACAGAUGCAGAGGUUUGCAAAGUGGACAAACUUGGUGGAGACGACAUUCCUCUUGCCACCUACCGCAGAGAAUGCAUCUUAUAAGGUGCGUAUCUUCACGCCCACAAAGGAGAUACCAUUCGCAGGACAUCCCAGCAUUGGAAGCGCACAUGCCGCUCUCGAUUGUCAACUGGUGACACCAAACGCAGACAACCAGAUACAUCAGGAGUGUGGCGCAGGCGUGCUGCCCAUCCGCAUACUAGACCCCGAUCACAACAACAGCACGCGACAGUUGUUGUUGCAAUCGCCCAAGGCCAAAGUGAUACGCACGGGACUUGACGCCCACCCUCUGCUGGCCGCCUCGCUGGCCGGUAUUGGUCUGGGUCGCUUGCCGCCCGCGCUGGUCGAGGGCGGUCGUCACUGGUGGUUGGCCGAGUGCGAGAGUGAGCAGCAGCUGCGACAGUGGAAGCCCGAUCACAAGGCCAUCCUGGCACUGGCGAAGGAGACCAACUGUUUGGGAAUCUGUGUGUUUGCGCGCGCACAAGACAGCAAUGGAGAGUAUCAACUUGUGGUACGUGCACUGCCCGCCGGCGUUGGAAUCGUGGAGGACCCAGCGUCUGGUGCGGCCAACGGUCUGAUCGGAGCAUACAUUGCGCAUGCAGAGCCAAACGGACCUCUGGCACAUGGUUACGUCGUAUCACAAGGAAGAGAGAUUGGACACGAUGCAAGACUGGUCGUUCAGAUCGAUGACAAACAAGGAAUCAUAUGGAUUGGAGGCAGGACCAAUACCAUCGUAGAUGGUACUCUUCAAUGGUCUUAG